AUGGCAAAUUGCUGCGGGGAGCAAACUAGCAGUGAGCGGCUUCUCGUCUGGGUCGACGUCGAAAGCAGUCUGGGCUGGGCUAACUUAUUUAUGGGCAGAAAAACAGCGACUUUUGUUUAAUUUUGCUUUUCCAAUUGAGGAGGACGUCUUGAUAACUUUCGAGUCGCGUUGUCGUUCGAGACUUGGGAUUUGUUAGUGGACGUCGCGUGCGAGUUGGAUCGGAGCUGCUCGGUUGACAUUUGCUCGCUGUUAGCAUGUUGCUAAGAUGGUUGUAUUAACAACAACCGGGGUGACAUUUAAAUGUCAAUAUUUUUAACGGUACCCCACUAUACGUUAUUUUCAAACUUGACUUGUGGUUUUUUUUUUCCCUGACGCUGCUGCGUUCGGUGGAUAUUAUUUUAAGCUUCUUAUUCGCUAAACCUCCCCCGGCUUCUUUUACGCGUUGAAAAAAUGGGGACGUAAGAAUUUGCUGUGUUGAAUCCAAAUUCACUUCCAAUGGCAAGUACACGACCGUAUUCGGGUGUUUGGUCGUGAAGAUGCGAUCAGUCUUAUAAGGCGUAGUUUUUUUUUUAAUUAAUUGAAAAUAGGUAAAUAGUCUUUAUUUUUUUAUAUUAAUCAUGGAGAUCGAGAUGCCGCUGCACCCCCUCACCCACCCGUCCGCCCUGGGCAUCUGCCCCGAGAUGCUGGAAGUGGCCGGGGAGGCCAUACGCGCCGGAGAUUUCAACUUGGCCGCCGAGAUCUACAGCUCGCAGCUGGCCGAUCUCCAACAACCCGACCGGGGCUUGUGCCUACGCAAGGCCGAUUCGUUGGUGCGCGCCGGGCGAAUUUCCGAAGCGCUGGACUCGUACUGCGUGGCGGCCAGCUUGGAAAAGCUGCGGCCGGAGGAGCUGCCACUUCUGGUGGAGAGCAUUGCUCGGAGCCUCCGAGAGAAGGAACCGGGCCUCCGGAGCCCUGCUGGCAGGGAUGAGGACGAAGACGGCGAUGGGGGAAGCGUCGAGGACGACCCACUGGACUUGUUCUCGUGCGGUUUGUGCCGAUGCCUGCUCCACGAACCUUCCACAGUGGAGUGCGGACACACCUUCUGCAGGCGCUGCCUGGAGCCCGACUCCGUGACGGACUGUAUGCUCUGCAAGCGAGCCCUGGCCCGCAAGGACGGCCUGCCGAACGGCCGCCGGCUGGACGUGGUGCUCGGCGGCCUGCUUGAGAAACUCUUCGCCACCGAGAGCCGAGCACGCGGGCUGUGGAUCGACGGCGAGGUGCUCUGGCAAAACCGGAACCUGACGGAGGCCCUGCAGAAAUACGACGAGGCGCUGGCAUUGGCGCCAUCUUCAGGCCGCCUACUGUGCCAGCGGGCUGAACUGCACCUGGAGAUGAACAACGCCAGUCAGGCGGUGCAGGACGCCAGCAGCUUGUGCCGGAUCAAACCUCUCUGGCCAAAGGCUCACUACCUGAAGGCCACCGCACUCAGCAAUGCGUCGCGCAACGACGAGGCCCUGCAGGAGUACUUCCUGUGUGUGGCGCUCAAACCCAAAUGGACCAAAGUCAGACUGGAGGCUCAGAAGAUCCUGGCUGAGCUUUUCUCCUCCGUGUUUGAGAAGCAAGAUAUGCCCACGCCCCUGCACCCCCUCCAAGGUGGGGUGGCCUCACGCCCCAUCAAGCCCCCCGCACUGCUCAGAACCCUCAGGCCCCUUGCACAGAAGCCCACUUCAUCAUCAAAGGACUCGAGUGCGACAAAAAGCACCUUGCCGGACGAGUCGUCUUCCAGACCGUGGGAGUCGAGCGCAGCGCCGGCCGCCGAUGGCAGCGGCACCAGCAGCAAGAGCCUGGCUGACAUCCUGGCCUCCGUACCGACGCCAACCGCUGGCCUUAAGAGGAAGCCUAGUGACGACGGGUUCUUCAGCCCUCCCUCCAAGCUGCUCAAGCGUGGCGACUCCAGCGAUGUCGAGCCGGCGCCGGUAUGCGGGGGCAGAGUGGUUCCCACCCACUUGUUGGACAGCGGCGACAUGGAGUGUUCACUCUGUAUGAGGCUGUUCUACGAGCCGGUGGCCACGCCCUGCGGACACACCUUCUGCCUCAAGUGUUUGGAGCGCUGCCUGGACCACAACCCCAACUGCCCUUUGUGCAAAGAGAACCUAUCUGAGUUUUUGUCCACACGAGGCUACAACAAGACGCUGCUGAUGGAGGAGGUGCUGCAGCGCUACCUGGCCAGCGAGUUAGCGGAGAGGAAGAAGAUCCACGAGGAGGAGAUGAAGGAGCUCUCCAACCUGAACCAGGAAGUGCCCAUCUUCGUGUGCACCAUGGCCUUCCCCACCAUCCCGUGUCCGCUGCACGUGUUUGAGCCGCGCUACCGCCUGAUGAUCCGCCGCUCCAUGGAGACGGGCACCAAGCAGUUUGGCAUGUGCAUCGCCGACGAGCUCAAAGGCUUCGCCGACUACGGAUGCAUGCUGGAGGUCCAAGAUGUGAAGUUUUUCCCCGACGGACGCUCGGUGGUGGAGACCAUCGGGGUGUCUCGCUUCAAAGUCUUAAGUCACGGCCAGAGAGACGGCUACCACACUGCCAAGAUUGAGUACCUUGAAGACAAAAAGGUGGAAGGUGAAGAGCUGGGCGAACUGCUGAAGUUGCACGACGCCGUCUACGAGCUGGCCAACAGCUGGUUCACGUCGCUCAAAGACGACAUGAAAACGCAGAUCGUCAGUCACUUUGGACACCUGCCCGGCAAAGUCCCGGACCCCCAGUCCAACGGCAGCGGCCCGGCGUGGUGCUGGUGGCUCCUGGCCGUGCUUCCGCUGGAGAACCGGGCCCAGCUCACCAUCCUGUCCAUGAGCGUCUUGAAGGACCGGCUGCUGGCCAUCCGAAAGGUCCUCAUCUUCGUCAUGCGCAAGAGGCCGCGGUGAGGACGGGCGGCCGCAACGGAGCCUCCGCAAUAUUUGUGGACAACCCAGUCAAUCGAGUCACUUUUUUUUUUUUUUUUUUUAAUGUCAUUUGCGCGUUAUUGUCGUCCAAAUCCCGUUUGCCAAUGUGCCGCCACCGCCGCAGCUUCUUCCGUUUCAUGCUGUAACUACACGCCAUCUAAAUAUUCUUUUCAGUUCCAAAUAGUCCUUACGUGGCUUUGUCUUCUGCUACUAUUCCUUGCCACUGCCCGUUAAGGUGUAACUUAAGUCCAUUUACUGAAUAACUCUAUCGCUCUGUAAGAUAAGCACUCUUUUAUUGCAACUGUACAGACAAAAAGAAAAAAACCUCGGAAUGUACAUAAUCGUCCUUGCUUGGCACAUCACAUAUCAGCGCUAGCUCUUGUUUUUCUCCUACGGCGGCGGUGGCGGCGGGUAAUGCGUUUUGGCGCCCCCUUCCUCUCUUUUCUGGUGUUGCAGUUCUACUGUCGACGCUUGAAUGUGAGUUGUCAGUGUUCAUGUAACACGGAGGCCUUUUUCGACAUCUUUGCGUGUGCGCGGUACAUUUACACACUGAGCGCGUGCGGCUGAAGCGUUUGCGAAAGACUUCCUGAAUGUGUUGGUAGCAGCAUUUAUUCAUUAUUAUUUUGGAAACUCGACAACACUUAAAAACUUUUUGCACUCGCUUGCUGUUUGAUUGAUGCCUGGAAAUAAAAAUGGUUGGUUAUUUGAAGCUAAAAAAAAGUAGAAGCCAGUGUGGUUUUAAAUGACUAGAGAGAAUGUUCUGGUGAGAAAGGCUAAAUGUACCGUAGAUGUGCUUUUUCUUCUUCUGUCCUUCCAAAUGUUUGUGAUCUCUUUCAUGGGCGAGAUUCUCAACAUGCUGCAUUACUCUGCAAUUAUUUGUAAAGGGAGAUCUUGUACUUAUUUUUUAUUGCAAAUAAAUGAAACCAAAUCAA